CUUCUUUUACCACACCAGUCCAGCAAGUCGUACCGACAAACAUGUCAGCAAAUAGCAGUACCUGGACUUUCGUUUUCAUCGCGAUUUUAGCCUUAGGGGUGAGUGGGGCGCGUAAUCGAAACAAGAGACCCCAGCAAGAGCCCGUUGAAGUUGAUGACAGUGCCGAAAUCUCAGACCAGUGUCCGGAACCAGAUGGGUACUUCGCGGAUGCGGAACAGUGCGAUAAGUACUACCAUUGUUCGAAUGGGAGAAUAACGGAGAAAUUGUGUCCAGAUGGACAGGUUUUCAACGACUACAGUUCGGAAUAUGAAAAGUGUGAUUUGCCGUUCAAUAUUGAUUGCAGCUCAAGACCUAAAUUGCAGGAACCUCAACCUAGUGAACACUGUCCCAGAAAACACGGUUACUUUGCCCACGACCAGAAAAACAUCUGCGACAAAUUCUACUUCUGCGUUGACGGCAAAUUCAACGCCAUCACAUGCCCCAACGGUCUAGUCUACAACGUCAAAGCCGGCAUCUGUUCCUGGCCUGACGAAGCCAAAAGAAGCGGCUGCACCUCUGAAGAAGUCUUCGAGUUCCAGUGCCCUAAAGUAACCGAAGAUGUAGCCAUCACCCACCCACGGUACCCCGAUCCAGAGGACUGCCAAUACUUCUACGUUUGCAUCAAUGGCAAUUCGCCCAGAAGAAAUGGCUGCAAACUCGGCCAAGUAUUCGAUGAUGUCACCAAACGAUGCGACUGGGCGAGAAACGUGCCAGAAUGUGCCGAUUGGUACCAAGGAAGAUUGACAGAGCAACAGUUGAAAGACUUGGAAAAUCCACCAACGGCAAGGCCCAAAGCGACUAAAGGAAGUAAGAGGAAAGGUCAGAGGCCACGAGAGAGAACAGUAGUACAUGACGAUGAAUAACUUAUGGUUUAGUCUUAGUCGGAAGUUUUAAAAUAUGAAAAUUUAGUUUAAAAGAAAAUUAAUUAACAAAUAUUAGUAAAAGAAAGUAUAAAACUGUGUGUACUUGUUUGGCUUAACUCUUUUGAUAUUGCUCAAUAUUAGCUAUAAUUUUGUUUGAACAAGGCAUUACUCAUUGGAAUUUUAUUUUUUACACUUUUUAAACUUAUACACCAUAUAUGAUCAUAUUUAUAAUACAGUAGGUACUCCCAGGAUAGCAAUAGACCUGAGCUACACCUGCGCACAACUGAGGAGUGAUGUAGAAUUCAUUUGUACCUUAAAUUACAGAGUUACAACAGCCGUUAACAUUGUUUUGUAAAAUAAUGACUGUAGGGCAACCUAUUUUGAGUUGUAUUUGAUUAUUUAAAUUUUUCAUGGCAAAUGUUUUAUUUGAAUAUUAGCUAUCCAUAAAGUUUUAAAUGUAGUUUGUAUGUAUACAUAGUUUUCUACAUUUUUUGAAAAAACAUUAAGGUUUGAAAAUAUUAGUAUUUAUUAUAUUAAAUACAAGAAUAUGUUCGUGGAACAAAAUAUAUUUUUCAAUUAUUUGAAAGUGUAGUUUUUGAUAAAUUUUGUACGAGUGAUAGUUAUUAAAUUCUUUUUUAAAUAUUAAA